AUGCAAAUCUUUGUUAAAACAUUAACAGGUAAAACCAUUACCUUGGAAGUAGAAGGCUCUGACACUAUCGAAAAUGUCAAGACCAAGAUUCAAGACAAGGAAGGUAUCCCACCUGAUCAACAACGUCUCAUUUUCGCCGGUAAACAAUUAGAGGAUGGUAGAACCCUCUCGGAUUACAACAUCCAAAAGGAAUCCACUCUCCAUCUCGUCCUCCGUCUCCGUGGUGGUAUGCAAAUUUUUGUCAAGACCCUCACUGGUAAGACCAUCACCCUCGAAGUCGAAGGAUCCGACACUAUCGAAAAUGUCAAGACCAAGAUUCAAGACAAGGAAGGUAUCCCACCUGAUCAACAACGUCUUAUCUUUGCCGGUAAACAAUUAGAAGACGGCAGAACUUUGUCGGACUACAACAUCCAAAAGGAAUCCACUCUCCAUCUCGUCCUCCGUCUCCGUGGUGGUAUGCAAAUCUUUGUCAAGACAUUGACCGGCAAGACCAUCACCUUGGAAGUCGAAGGUUCUGACACUAUCGAAAAUGUCAAGACCAAGAUUCAAGACAAGGAAGGUAUCCCACCUGAUCAACAACGUCUCAUCUUUGCCGGUAAACAAUUAGAAGACGGCCGAACUCUUUCCGAUUACAACAUCCAAAAGGAAUCUACUCUCCAUCUUGUCCUUCGUCUCCGUGGUGGUAUGCAAAUCUUUGUCAAGACCCUCACUGGUAUCCCACCUGAUCAACAACGUCUCAUUUUCGCCGGUAAACAAUUAGAGGAUGGUAGAACCCUCUCGGAUUACAACAUCCAAAAGGAAUCCACUCUCCAUCUCGUCCUCCGUCUCCGUGGUGGUAUGCAGAUCUUUGUCAAGACAUUGACUGGUAAGACCAUCACUCUUGAAGUCGAAGGAUCCGACACCAUUGAAAACGUUAAGACCAAGAUUCAAGACAAGGAAGGUAUCCCACCUGAUCAACAACGUCUUAUCUUUGCCGGUAAACAAUUAGAGGAUGGCAGAACCCUCUCGGAUUACAACAUUCAAAAGGAAUCCACUCUCCAUCUUGUCCUCCGUCUCCGUGGUGGUAACUAG